AUGUUCCCCUACAUUCAUCCUCUAAUUUUACCACUUGGCUUUUUCUUCUGCACAAAUUCGUUUGUUGGAGUUAUCGGAAAUGCCAUCAUGCUUAUGUGCUAUUUUAAGAAUAAGUGAGUUGGGGCUUCUUAGGGGCUUUUGGGAGCUUCUAAAGGCUUCUAAGGGCUUCUAAAGGCUUCUGGGGCUCCUGGGGGCUUUUAGAGCCUUCUAAGUGCUUUUGGGCGCUUCUAGAGGCUUCUAAGGGCUUCUGAGGGCUUCUUAGGGCUUCUGGGGCUUCUAGAUGCCCUUUAAACCCGUAUUUUCCAGAAGACUUCGUUCACCUUGUCAUAUUUUGAUCACCCUGUCAUGUUUAUCCGAUUUGAUGCAUCUAACUGCGCAAUUUAUUUGGGGAUAUUAUUUAUUUUCAGAUAGUGAGUUUUCCUAGUCCCUAAUUAAUUAUAAACCCUAAUUAGGGAUAAACAAACAAAUCCCAGAAACCAACACAGUCGCCCAGUGUUUCUACCGUAUGGCAAUCCCGCUAAUUGGUGUAACCGCAGCUGGUCCCCUGAUCCUUGCGAUGGGUAUAGAUCGACUGAUCGCCGUCAAAUUCCCCACUAAAUAUCGACUCUACACCCAGGAGCCCCGAUCUUAUGUGAUGUGUCAUUUGAUCUUUCCAGCUGUGUACAUCGCAAUGUGUUUAGCCUAUGGGUAUCAGACAAAGUUGGAUAAAGUGUGAGAGCUUUUAAAAGUCCAGAAGGAAACUCUACCAGGCCUCAGAAUCCUAAGAGAACCCCCUAUUUCCAGCCAAAUAACGUGCGCAGUUCCUCUUGGCCUCUGGGGUGCCGCAUUUCAAUUCUUCACCUACACCUCCGCCCUGAUCUACGCUCUAGUCGUCAUAGUCUACCUAACCGUAUAUAUUUUGCUCAAAUCCUCCAGUGCCAGUGAGUUUUUCCCACGCUCCUCAGAUUCUUAAGCUACAAUUUCUCAAGGCGCAAGGUUCAAAAGUGUAUUCAAAUCAAUCUCAGUUACCGUAGGCCUGGUGGUUUUUGGCUGGGUUACAACUACAGUAGCCAAUACAUUGAGCUAUGAGGUGACUUCAGAUGAAUUUAUCGCAAUUGUGAUUCAGAUGUAUGCUGGAAUUACAGUCAAUCUAGCGGCGGCUUCUAAUAUUUUUGUGUUUUAUUCGAUUAAUUCAGAAUAUCGUGAAGUUAUUAAGUCACUUCUGGGGUUGAAGAAUAAAACGAAAACUGCGAAUUUUGAAGCGUCCAGUGCGAAUACAGUAUCUGUUAUGAGAGUUCACCCAAAUCGCAGGACUACUGUUUGA